GUCACCAGGAGAGGGUGUGUGCCACAUUCCGGCACGGCCAAAACUUUCUUACGUCAAAUCAAUGGAUAUAACCUAACACGCCGCGAGUUUAACGAGUUAACAUGGAAUGUGAUUUGGUCUCAUAAUAAUUCCAUAUGGGUUAAAGUGAUUUACGUGACGUGUUGAAUUGCCAAUGAUGUGAAUAAGUUCUGUGCAGUGGUUAUAAAAAACCGAGUUAUGAGCAUUCAAAAGUGCCUUUUGGAUAACUCCAGUAGGAUGAUAAAGGCUAUGUCCACUGCGAAAUCGUCUAACAAUGAAGUCAAAACGGAUGUGCAAAGUGGUCUCAAAAAAUUGGGACUGGCGAUGCUGACGCUGUCCAUGCCGAUCAUCGAUGACAAAAAGAAAAAAACCACUCGCAGUUGGAUCGAGAGCACUUUUCAGAAGCGGGAGUGUAAGUGCUUCGUGGCCAGCGCUAAAGAUGAGCAUGUAUGCUGGUGUGGUCUAAGCAAAACAGCGCAUGGAGCGAACAUCCCCAUCGCACCGGUGGGAGAGGCAUGGCUGCCAGCUCGGCACACGCAGCCAUCACCAACAGAUGCCUAUGGAACUGUCGAGUUUCAGGGCGGACCACAUCCCACAAAAGCACAGUAUGUUCGACUUUCACACGACACUCGUCCGGAGUUAAUAGUGCAACUGCUGACCAGAGAAUGGGCGCUAGAAAGGCCAAAACUUCUGAUAACCAUCCAAGGAGGAAAAGCCAACUUCGAUUUGCAGCCGAAACUCAAGAAAGUUUUGAGAAAAGGUUUACUAAAGGCUGCGAAGACAACCGGUGCCUGGAUUUUUACUGGAGGGACCAAUACAGGUGUGACCCGUCAAGUCGGUGACGCUCUCCAAUUGGAGAGGUCACAGCGCGCUGGUCGUGUAGUCAGCAUCGGUAUCGCUCCGUGGGGCAUCGUCGAAGGCGCUAAUGAGCUCAUUGGCAGGGGGAGAGAUGUUCCGUACCAUGCUAUGGCUAGUCCUAGAUCAAAAUUGGCAGUACUCAACAACCGUCACGCGUACUUCCUUCUAGUGGAUAACGGGUCCGUCGGCAGGUACGGCGCAGAGAUCGUGCUGCGUAGGAAGCUCGAGAAAUACAUCGCGGCGCAGAAACUGCAUCCUUAUACUCAUUCAUCAACGCCCGUGGUCUGCCUGGUAAUAGAAGGUGGCACGAACACCGUUCGAGCUGUUCUGGAGUACGUGACAGACACACCUCCAGUGCCUGUGGUAGUGUGUGAUGGAAGCGGAAGAGCUGCUGACCUCAUUGCUUUUGUUCACAAAUAUGCAUCAGAGACCGGUGAACAAACAGUACUGGAGUCAAUGCGGGACUACCUCAUCGGCACCAUACAGAAGACCUUUGAAGUUGGCUUACAACAAGCGGAAUGUUUGUAUGGAGAACUGUUACAAUGUACCAGGAAGAAGAACUUGAUAACAGUAUUCCGCAUCCAAGAACGAGCAGAAGGUGGAGAGGUCCAAGAGCUAGAUCAAGUGAUUCUUACAGCAUUAUUCCGAGCACAGCACUUGUCGCCCAGUGAGCAACUGUCGUUGGCGCUUACUUGGAACAGAGUGGAUAUCGCGAGGUCAGAGAUCUUCGUUUAUGGACAGGAGUGGCCGAGAGGAGCCCUCGAUGAAGCAAUGAUGCAAGCGCUAGAACACGACCGUAUAGAUUUCGUAAAGCUCCUUCUAGAAAACGGAGUAUCCAUGAGGAAAUUCCUCACAAUACCUCGUUUGGAAGAACUUUAUAACACCAAGAGUGGGCCCAGUAAUACUUUGCGGUAUAUUCUGAGGGAUGUGAGGCCACAUCUGCCGAGAGGAUAUGUGUAUACGCUGCAUGAUAUUGGCUUGGUCAUCAAUAAGCUCAUGGGAGGCGCAUAUAGGUGCUACUACACGCGUCGCAAGUUCCGUCCGAUAUACGCGAAGGUGAUGAACAAGAGCGUGAACGUUCACCGCAACAGCGCGUCCUUCACCCGCCACAACGCGGGCGGCUUGUCGCUCAUCACCGGCUUCAUGCCCGUCACCACUGAGAUGGCGCUAUUUGAUUAUCCCUUCAAUGAGCUAUUGAUGUGGGCAGUACUAACAAAGCGGCAUCAAAUGGCGCUCCUAAUGUGGACACACGGUGAAGAGGCCUUAGCCAAGUCUCUCGUAGCUUGCAAGUUGUAUAAAGCAAUGGCACACGAAGCAGCAGAAGACGAUAUGGAAACAGAAGUGUAUGAGGAGCUACGGCAUUAUGGCAAGGAGUUUGAGACUAAAGCCCUAGAAUUACUGGACUACUGUUACCGGCAAGACGACGACCAAGCCCAACAACUCCUUACUUGCGAACUACAAAACUGGUCCGGACAGACCUGUCUCAGCCUAGCCGUAGCUGCUAACCAUAGAGCCCUAUUAGCUCAUCCAUGCUCACAGAUUAUACUAGCAGAUCUAUGGAUGGGAGGCCUUAGAACACGCAAGAACACCAACCUUAAGGUAAUACUGAGCCUGCUGUGUCCGCUGUACAUACUCCAAUUGGAGUUCAAGUCGAAGGAGGAACUGCAGCUGAUGCCGCAGACGGAGGAGGAGCAUCUGGAGAACGAGAGCAUGGAAGACGAUAGAAGUACCAAGGACCCUAAUGACGCGGAGGUGGGGGUGAAGCGACGAACGCUGUCAAUAAAGAAGAUAAUUCCCCCGGGACAGCCGGGUAAAACGGACAAGACGCAGCAGGCGUUGAUUGGCUCAGGGGCCGAAUGCGAGACCCGAGUAGAUCAAAACGGGAAAGUCGGUAAAAUAGGCUGGGAACUAUCGUACAGGGAACUGCCGGAGUAUCACGUGCCUGAGGAUAAGAGAAUGAGACCUUUAAGACUGAGGAAGAAGAUUUAUGAGUUCUUUACAGCACCUAUCACUAAGUUCUGGGCUGAUUCAAUUGCAUACAUAUUGUUCCUACUGAUGUUUACGUAUACAGUAUUAGUCAAGAUGAACCCGACACCAUCUUGGCCAGAAAUAUAUUCUAUUUGUUAUAUUAUAACGUUCUUAUGUGAGAAAAUUAGGGAAAUUGUUACGUCCGAGCCUGUUGCUAUUAGACAUAAGUUCAGCGUAUGGGCGUGGAACAUGUGGAACACGUACGACGCCGGUUUUAUAAUAUUUUUCCUGGUCGGUCUGACUCUGCGCUUCCGACCCGGCUCUAUGGACGUCGGCAGAGUUAUAUACUGCGUCGAUAUUAUUUAUUGGUACUUAAGGAUAUUGAAUAUAUUGGGUGUUAAUAAGUACUUAGGACCUCUAGUCACAAUGAUGGGUAAAAUGGUUAAAAAUAUGAUAUACUUUGUGGUGCUAUUACUAGUCGUACUCAUGUCGUUCGGAGUGGCGAGACAGGCCAUUUUAUAUCCGGAUAAAGAAGCAAGCUGGUAUCUUAUCAGAGAAAUAUUCUUCCAACCUUACUUCAUGUUGUACGGCGAGGUGUUCGCGCCGGACAUCGACCCGCCGUGCGGGAUGGACGUCGGCGACAGCAAGUGCGUCACGGGCCGCUGGAUCACGCCCAUCGCGAUGACCAUCUACCUCCUCGUCGCGAACAUAUUGCUCAUAAACCUCCUUAUCGCCGUCUUUAAUAAUAUCUUUAACGAAGUCAAUGAAGUCUCGCACCAGGUCUGGAUGUUCCAAAGAUUCACAGUAGUCAUGGAAUAUGAACAGAAGCCAGUACUACCACCCCCUCUUAUAAUAUUCUGUCACAUAUACGCGACAUGUAAAUGGGUGACGAGGAAUGUGUCACACAAACGGUUUCAAUACGACAACGGUCUUAAACUCUUCUUGGAAAAAGAAGAUAUGGAGAGAUUAUAUGAUUUUGAAGAAGAGUGUGUAGAAGGCUAUUUUAGGGAACAAGAAAUUAAAUUAUCAAAUUCAUUAGAAGAAAGAGUUAGGAAUACAACAGAUAGAGUAGAACAUAUCACGACCAAAAUGGAAGACUUAAAUCAAAAAGCUAAUUGCCAAAUACAAUCAGUUCAGAGUGUAGAAUUUAGGUUAAGAAAACUAGAAGACGUAGCGGAACAAACGAUGAAUCACUUGGCUGUGAUACAUCGGUUUAUGGCUACACACCCGUCUCUAGUUAACAGAGGCUCUACAGAUACUUUGGGACCUCCUCCUCCAACCUUCCAGGCGAGUGGGUCCAGAUUAAGGACUGCUAGUGAUAGAUCUGAGGUGCUGUCGGACAGCGACACGGGCGUGGCGCGCUUCACGGUGCGCCCCGUGCAGGAGGAGGACGAGGCCUCGCAGCCCUCCGACGAUGAAAUGCCUCCACCUGGACCAGAAGUAGUGGCUGUGAAGGAGCCAGAAGCAGAUUCAGUGUCAACCUCUUCAGGUGCCAGUGUAGCCGGUCCAGAUGUGACUGUGGUCAAACCAACAGUGAUCACACCCGCGAGACAGCGGUCUUCAGACAGUAAUAGAACGGAACCGAGUGAUGAUAAGAAAGUGCCAUCUUCCACGGAUGAUGCUUUCUUACCGGAAGUACGUGAAGUGCCUCCAGAUAACCACAGUCUGCGCCCGCGCACCACUUCCGCUGGUACUAGACGUACUGCUGCUAAUGCUAGACGGCGUUCAGAAGGUGGUAACGACUGUGGUAUGGGAGGUCCAUACUCCACGCAACACUUGGCUCCUCGCAGGCAGCACAGUCAGACGCACUCCGAACCAGACAAUUCUGCGGUUGACGCAGGUUCGCUGCAUAAUUCUGUAACGGGUCGUCAAUCAGGUUGGGAAGCGACUGGCGGUGCAACUGGUGUGCCCUCCAACCGACGGGUUGGAACUGCUCCACGGUCACUACUACUAGCAAUGCAUGAAUAUACGAGCAUUACGGACGAACUGGAGACCGUGUAUGGACUGUUCUCGCCACCGCAUACACCGAGGACACCAAUAACCACUCGGCUCUUGUCCCCCGCGCGCGCCGCGUCCCCCUCAGUGCGGAGACGACACGCGAGCGAAAUGUCCAACCCGGAGUUCGCACUUUACAUGGAAAAGGAACAUUUACGUGGGGCAGAGGAAGAUGACUAUAUUAUCAUGGAGAACUUGAUACAGCGCCGCCUAGAAAUGGAGUCUAUACUGGGCAGAUACGAUGAGGAGGAGGCUACAGAUGGAGCUGAGAUGAGCGGCAUCAGUAUCAGUGUGUGUGUCAAUACAAGUGGGGAGGAACCGCAGCAACAACCGCCAACAACUUCGACGUUACUGACCGUGGAUAGAAGAUUACCGCAUCAAAGGCACUCACUCCGUCGAUCAUCAGCAAUCGACAGCCGAGAGUUACCGUCCCCGCUACAGCCGCUGCUCGGAGAAGACGCGUGUGGUGAAGUUCUCUUGCCCGUGCCUAGACAGCCGUCCGGCGAAACGAACGCAUCAAGCGACCUCUCAAUGUCUCACAUGGUCAGCGAGAACCUCCCCCCGCGUCCGUCUAUCGUGCUGGACUCGUCGCAACUGCCGCGACAGCGCUCCGCGGAGCAGACACAGCCGCAACCGCCAGCGCCAUCUAGACCGGAGACUAUGUGCUAAUUGAAUAAAUAAAUAAAUAAAUAAUAAAAUGUGAAUUAAAAUUUAUUUCUGAAGGACAUAUUUUAUGCUACAUCUAGGCUGGAAACUGUGUGCUGAAUGAAUAAAUAAAUAAAUGAAUUGUUAACUUGUAAUGCUGUAAAUGUAUAAAUAAAAAUUAUAUGUGAAUUACUGAAGAAUAUUUAUGCAGCAGCCGUAACCCUUAGCAACUUCUAGGCCGGAAAAUAUGUGCUGAAUAAAUAAAAAAAAUGAAUUGUAAAGAAGUAUUCUUUGUUAAUUAGGUAUUGAUUCGAGAUUUCAGUUGUCAAACAUUUUGUAUGUGUUUACUUUCAGCAGCCAUGAUGGAGGUAAGUUGAGGUAUUUAGCAUGUAUCAUCUUGUAUCAUGUGUUGUAAAGUCUUGAUGUACGAUAUCAUAAACAAAAAAACAAUCGUAAAAUAGAAAUAAUAUUCAACUGUUUGAAAUGCAUUUUAGAAAAAAAUAGAACAAAGCCAGUAUAAAAUGUCUUUCGUACGAAUAAAAACAAAUUUCCUACAUUUAAAAACACACCGGUUUUACAGCUAACAGUGUCCACAAAAACAUUUCGUAACUCGCAUAGAAAGUUUGUAAAUAUACGGAUUCGCUUUACGUAAUUAAACGAUAUUCAACUUUUGCCAUUAAACUUUAUUGCUCAGGCAGGCCGUUUUAACUUCUUUAUAUUUAUACAAGUUUCAGCGUUCAAAAACAUUUAAUAAUAAUAUCAAAAAUAAAGGCAUUUAUCCAUAAAAGAGUUUCGCUCAUUACAAGUCAUGUGGCUUAAAUAAAACAAAUGGUUUUCGUUAUCUGUCAAAGUGACGUUUGUCGUUUGUUUUGGCGGGAAAAAUGUCGAAUUGGGAUUGUUACGCAUUGCCGAGUUAAAUAAAAGUGACAACCUCGUUUAAUACUGUCUUCAUAAAACGAAACAUAUUCGUCUCUUCAUUAACGUCUAUUUUACGAUGCUAUAGGAAUAGGAAUGUGCGAAUAGGAAUGCUGGAUGGCAAUUUUUUAACUCCUGUUAAUGAAAAUAAGCAAUUCUAAAAAUUGAUGCUAUAAACUUCUCCAUAUUCAUAUUAAAAAUAACUAAAAAUUGUAGAGAUUCCAUUAUAAACUCUAUAUUGUAUUAGAAACGAAAUACCUAUCAUGAAUAAUUCAAUCUGUUGAUCCCAAUGUAAGGGCAUUGAAACUUUCUGGCAUAUCAAACCCGCCGCCAUUUUGAUUUUUUUUCAAAAUCGCGGCGCACGAUUAAAGUGGUAUGUAUGGAUAGAGGACACAUAGACGAACAAAAAAUGUCCCAUCACAUAGUACCCUAAAGCGUCACAUUACCGAGAUAUUUGGAGGUAAAUAACAGUUUAUUGGAAGAAAGUAGGUAGAUUCAUUACAUAAAAACAUACAUACAUUACAUAAAAAUGUAAGUA